AAUUCUGCAAGUAGUUCUGAUUUACUAUCGCUUUUCUCUAGCUGGUCUAAAACCACUUUUGACCUAAAGGGACGCUUUUUGGACGCCAUGGACAUUUCUCAGUUUCCAGGCAGAAAGAAUGGUAAAAAUGCAGGCAGGGCACAGGACAAAGCACUCGGGACAAAAUGUAUGUGAAAUGGUUUGAUACAUGAAUUCAGUGAAUGUCAUUUUUUGUCAUUUUCAAACUUCCCGCCAUUCCAUCCCCGUACGUCCCAAUGUUCGCAGGGGACGGAACCCAGAAGACAGAUGCCGACAUCCGCCAGAGGACAUUGACGGGGACGCUGCAGGAGGGACAU